CGAGGGGGCGUGGACUUUCCAAAUCUAAAAACGUAAAGUCAGCCUACAGACGAAAACAAAUGAGAAUUGAGAAAAAGUAGAAACAGGUUCACUUAGUAUAUGAACGAGUUUAAUCCACGGGGCUUCCCAAAUCCAAGGGUAUCUAAAAAGACACCAGCAUGACUCAGUGGAAACAGGUCCAGCACUUAGAAAUUAAGUUUUUGGAGCAGGUGGACCAUUUUUAUGAUGACAACUUCCCCAUGGAAAUUCGACAGUUUCUAGCAGACUGGAUUGAAAAUCAGGACUGGGAUACUGCUUCAAACAGUGAAUCAAUGGCCACAGUACUCUUUCAUAAUCUACUAUCACAGCUGGAAGAGCAGUGUUCCCAGGAAAAGAUGUUUCUCCAGAGACACAACCUGAAAAGAAUCAAACAGCAGACUGAGGUGAAAUAUAGAGCAAAUCCUUUGCACAUGGCAGGAGUUAUAUCUAAUUGCCUUAGAGAGGAGAGGAGGAUAAUUGCUACUUCAUGUAUGUUGGAACAGGGACCACUGGAGACAUCUAUGCAGAACUCGGUUGUUUUCGAAAGACAAAGAAAUUUGGAAAACAGGGUAGCUGUGAUAAGGAGCAGUGUGCUGAUAAUCGAACAAGGUGUGAAAUAUUUAGAAGACAUGCAGGACGAGUUUGAUUUCAGAUUCAAAACACUACAAUCCAGAGACCCAGCUGAAAGGAACAAUGACCAUGUGAGGCAGGAGGUUGUCAGACUGCAGGAUAUGCUGAAUACACUGGAUUACAAGAGGAAGGAAACACUUGGUAAGAUGACAGACCUCAUAAAGGAAAUCGAAUCACUAAUGAACACGCCGCUGAAUGAGGAGCUGAUGGACUGGAAGAGACGGCAGCAGAUCACCUGCAUUGGAGGGCCUCUUCUAACAGGGCUCGACCAGCUCCAGAAUUGGUUUACAUUGACAGCACAGAGCUUAUUUCAAGUCAGAAGACAGUUGGAUAAGUUGGAAGAGCUUGUGAUGAAAGUAACAUAUGAUGGAGACCCUAUUCCCUUAGAAAAACCUCAGCUAGAAGAAAGGGUCAAGUUAUUGAUCUACCACCUCAUUAAAAGCUCCUUUGUGGUCGAAAGGCAACCUUGCAUGCCAACCCAUCUUCAGAGGCCGCUUAUCAUUAAAACUGGAGUGCUGUUCACCACCAAGCUCAGGUUGCUGGUUAAACUACCAGAAGUAAACUAUCAGCUGAAGGUCAAGGCAACAUUUGAUAAGGAUCUUCAGGCAGGCAGAGUGAGUCGUCAGUUUUUCAUAUUAGGAACGAACACAAAACUAAUGGACGUAGAAGAAUCUUCCAACGGAUGCUUGUCUGUGGAGUUCCGGCACCUGCAACUCAAGGAACGCAAAUAUGUGAAUGGAUCAAAGGGAAAUGAGGGCCCUCUAUUUGUCACUGAAGAGCUUCAUUCCAUAAGUUUUGAGGCACAAUUCUGUAUACAGGGAUUAACAAUAGAUUUAGAGACAAGCUCCUUGCCUGUUGUUGUUAUUUCCAAUGUAAGUCAGCUUCCUGGUGGCUGGGCUUCUGUUAUAUGGUACAACCUAUUGACAGACGAACUUAAGAACCUGUCUUUCUUCACCAGCCCUCCCCCUGCCACCUGGAGCCAGCUGUCUGAAGUACUGAGCUGGCAGUUUUCUUCAUUUGUUGGACGAGGUCUCAAUAACGAACAACUCAGCAUGCUGGGAGAGAAACUCCUGGGUCAACACAUUUCCCGCAAUGAGUGCCAGGUUCACUGGUCAAAGUUCUGUAAGGAGAACAUACCUGGGAAGCCUUUCAGUUUCUGGCACUGGUUAGAUUCAAUACUAGAACUAAUAAAGAAGUACCUCCUGCCUCUUUGGAUAGAUGGAUAUAUCAUGGGGUUUGUGAGCAAGGAGACUGAACGUGCCUUACUGAAAGAGAAGGAGCCUGGGACCUUCCUGUUGAGAUUCAGCGAGAGCCACUUAGGAGGAAUCACCUUCACAUGGGUGGAUCAGUCGGAGAACGGAGAAGUGAAGUUUAAUUCAGUGGAGCCUUACACCAAGAGUCGCCUGACUGCACUGCCUUUUGCUGACAUUAUCAGAGACUACAAAGUGAUAGUUGAUAGAAACGUUCCGGAGAACCCGCUAAAGUUACUCUACCCAGGCAUCCCGAAAGAUGAGGCUUUUGGAAAGCAUUACAACAGUCAACCAAGUACAGAAUCACAGUAUAUUCCAUCUGUUUUCAUCCCGGUCUCCCAGUUUAGAAAUGCUUCGACUGCCUCAUUCUCCUCACUCGACCUUCUGCCCAUGUCUCCUGGGAUGUUCGAUGAACUCACACAGAAACUCAGUCCUGUGGAAAUCGAGACCGCUAUGAGUUCUCCAUAUUCAGAGUAAUUUGGACUAUCUGAGGAAGUGAGGACAAUCUCUUCAACCAUAUGCACUUAAACCUUUUCUGGUAUAAGCUCUGAAAACUUUCAGAAAUCUAGGAUCUCAGAUCAUGCCUGAAAUUACUUAAUACGUAUUUUUUGAGCUAAUUAAAAUAAUUCAAACAAUUAUACCAAGUGUGCACUUCCAUUUACUGUCCAUUGCAGAUCUCAUCAUGUUUGCCGUUUUGAAAGAAGCGUGGUACCAUACAAGACUAUAGAGAGUUCUCAGUUUGCACUAGGUCAUUCCUAGGUCAUUUCACCUCAUUUGACAGCAUGUGUCAUUAGGGAAACAUUUUGUUGGUAAUGAUCCUAAAGGAGGCAUGGGGUGGGGUGGGGUGGGGUGGGGUGGGGUGGGGUGGGGGGGAUUUGCAAGGCCAUCUGGAAGUAAGGCAUGCAAACAAAGCUUUGAGAACUGCUUUUAGAUCCUGCUUUUGUUGGGUAUACAGUUAGAACCCUUCCAAAAAUCUAAAAUGGAUAUUUAACUUCUCAUUUAGCCAUACUGACUUUUGGGGUCAUGGAGUCAGUUCUCAUAAAAAUAUCAGGUGCCAUAUAGCAACAGUGUCAGUAUGCCUUCUCUGGGUUUGAACCCUAUUAAAGCACCAUGGCGGUGUUGGGGGUGGGGGGGGGGGGGGGAUACGGGGGUUGGUGUAUUUCAAAUGAGGUAAUGGCUCAACAUUAGUUCAUAACAGACAGGCAUAUUAUUGUGUUAUCAAAAGAUCUAUAAUAUUGAAACAGGAUAUGGAAGUAUCUGAAAUGUCUUUUUUAUAAACAUGACUAAAUCUCAGUAUUUUUAAAUGUUAUCAUGUCUUGUACAGAUAUUGUAUAUUUAAGUAUAUGAAUAUUUAAAAUCAGCCUUCAAGUACUGCUGGUAGAUGCAUUGUAUUGUGUUUAUGCAUUCAAAGAUUUUAAGCGAAUUGUUAAAAUGUUACCUAAUACUGUAAACACAGUAUAUUAUUUGCUUAUAUAUAUAUAUAUAUAUAUAUAUAUAUAUAUAUAUAUAUAUAUAUAUAUAUAUAUAUAUAUAUAUAUAUAUAUACACAUUUAUUAUAUCUACAUUUAUUCAAAUGUACAUGUAUGCUUUUUUGUUUUGUUUGUCUUUAUAGUGUCUGAAUGUAUUUUUUCAAUUUUAAAUUUCAAAUGUAAGGUGACAUUUUCAUUUUUUAUAUUUUCAUUAAAAACACUGACAAUAUAGGAGUUUGACGUUUGAUAUGUAGUAGGGGUCACAUUUGUUAUUGCUGUUGGUGUUAUCUUGAUAUCCAUCCAUAAGGCUUCCUUCAAUUCAAACUAUUGCUGUUACUUUAAUUUUUACAAAGCAGAAAAGUGCCUUUUUUUUCUUUAAAUUUAGUCGUUGCAAAUUAUUUUUAUUAUUUUCUCCCAAUUUGGAAUGGCCAAUUAUUUUUUUAAGCUCAGCUCACCGCUACCACCCCAGCGCUGAUUCGGGAGGCCAAAGACGAACGCACACUGUCCUCUGGAGCGUGUGCCAGCAGCCGACCGCUUUUUGUCGCGCUGCGGACUCACCAUGCAGCCACCCAAGAGCUACUGCGUCGGAGGACAACGCAGCUCUGGGCAGCUCACAGGCACGCCCGCAGGCGCCCGGCAAGACUACAGGGGUCGCUGGUGCGCGGUGAGCUGAGGACACACUGACCAACCUAACCCUCCCUUCCCCCCGGGCGGCGCUCGGCCAAUUGUGCGCCGCCCCCUGGGAGCUCCCGUCCACGGUUGGCAGUGGAAUAGCCUGGACGCGAACCAGCAACGUCCAGGCUAUAGAGCGCAUACUACACUCCACGUGGAACGCCUUUACUGGAUGCGUCACUCGGGAGCCCCAAGCUGAGGGUCUGUCAAUCACGUGAUUAGGCACUAUCAUUUCCAACAUUACAGAUUCAUUUGUACUGUGUUGUAGUAAGGUGUAUUUUAAUUUUCGUGAUCAUGUUUUUAAUGAACUUAAGUUGUAAGCAAAUUUGAAAUAAAUAAAUAUGAUUAAAAGGGGGUUUGUGUAUGAAAUGUGUGUACUGUAGCUUUGACAAUAAAAUGCAAUCUAAA